GUUUACCAGGCUUAGCCUGGGAGUAGUAGUUGAGAGUAGGCAAAGAAAAUUAUUUUGCUAAAAUAUUUCCUUUUUUAUCAUAGCAAGAGAGCAUGACCUCAUUUUCUCUUGAUUAUAGUAAUAAAGCUUCAAGGACACUCGGUUAGUCACUCUCCCAACCAUGUUCUAACCUGUGUCACAGCCGCCUCUCCCCGAAAAAAAAGGGAAGAGGCGGCUGUGACCGUCCUGAAACUUUUCACAUGAAUCUGCACUGCAUAAUGUAGUUGAGUAAAUGCCCGACCGCACAACAAGAAGUUAAGAGGACUCCUGAACAUGAAGUUUUACUAAAAUAGACGGGAGGGGCAAUGGAGACCAGGUCAUUAGUCCCCGCUUUUUAUUGCAAAACGGUAAGGCAUCGAAAGCCCGUAGCUUCACUCUGCCUUCCCCUUUCAACACUGUUUCAAGACCCUUCAAGCGAAAAGCUUCAUUCUUCACUGAUCUUCACCCAAAACCCGGCCACCUCCGCCUCUUUCUUUUUAAAAGCGUAUCUGAAACCGACUCUGGAAAGUUUCGAGAAGUGCAAGCAAUUUUUGAAUUUAACUGAUUCAAGAUUGAUUUCGCCUCUAUAGUACUAUGACUAUUAUGUUGGAAUAAUUCUUUGAUCCAUAUGCUUUGAGAGUGAAACGGCAGUAAUGAAACAACAGUUUGAGUCAUGAUCUGUCUGACAAAUUUUCUCAGGGAUUGCUCUGUUAUGUCGACUGUCGUUCCGGGACUGCAUUCCGUUUACGGUUACUGAGGUCUACUGAGUCAACCUUACUGAACGUUUGGUCCUGUAUAACUUGACAAAGUUUCAUUUGCAAAUGUUACAAGAACUGAGAAUGCAUUUAACUAUUACCCCACGAUUCGUUGAUGUUUGCUCGAGAGCUUCAUCGUUUAAUGCUUCAGUUACUAAGUCUCUUGUAAAUUAACAAGCCGGCCUCCUUAAAAUAUUUGACACUUUUUCUUGAAUUUUUCCUUUGUCUGAAAGAACGGCAUAGCCCUAAACGCAUCUCGACGACCAGGAAUUGCUCACUGGCAAAUGCAAGAAAGAGCCAGCGCGGAAUAAAUGAAAGGUUUUUAACCGAAUUGAUUGUAAAUUCAACGAGUUGUGUGUUUGGCAAAAUUUACAUAAACUUUCACUUCAGCUGUCACUACUAACACUUAAGGAGUCAACUUAGACGGUAAAUGACACCUUUUGUGCAUAGUUUACUUAUCAACUGCGCGCCUAGCGAUCCUAUUGGUGCAGAACGCGUGUUUCUUUGUACACCGCUUCAAAGGUACAUUACGUAUUCACCGGGCAUUAUGGUGUUUAUUCUUCCCAUCUCAACGGGAUAUUGUGUACCUUGACAACGAAGCACAGCUGAAAAGUUUGCUCAGUAAUUCAACAGAAUCUACAGACCGCAGUCGAAGAUUGACGCGUUAAAAAUGGGUUUUACCGAGUUGACGAAUCCGCAUAAAGCUAGCAAUUUGCCUGGAUACCGAGGGUACUGUCCCCAGUUGAAAUAUGAAUGUGGACACACAUAUGGGAUAGCAACAGACAAACUCACUACAAGACACAUGCGAAAUGAGAAACUUGUUCCAAUGACUCUACCAGACCCGCGGGAGAGAAUACCAUAUCUACCACAACCAAAUGGGGACAACAAACUGACAGCAGCCAUGGUUCCAUAUUACACAGGUUAUGUUCCCACAAUGCGAUUUCUUUACGGUUCCCGAUACAGAGAAGCGACAGAACAAGCCGUUAGCAAUUUCAUGAAGAAGGACAAGAAUCACAGAAUAGAACAAGAUGACUUGAAGAAAUCUGUGUACAGUCAUCCAAAGCUGAAGCCUGUACCGAGUUACAGAGAACCCACGAACUACCCUGAUCUGACACCAAAAUACGCUAAAGGGUACUUCCCUAGUGAACAUCGGGAAUUUUGUGAGGCGCCGUUACCAGGCUACACGGGUUACGUACCGCGGAGGCGAGAACACGACCUGGGUACUAGAUACGCUACCUGGACUAAGGACGGCUUUACGGACUCUCUUGAAAUGCGCAAUAAACAGGAAGGCCUGGCCACUCAGGCUAUUGACGUCACUAGAUUACCAGAGGCGACUGUAAAACCGCUGAUCGCAGAGCACGGAACACUGUACAGGAAAAUAGGAAUGAAACCAAAAUAUACAGGCUACAUACCACAGAGACGUUUCAGAUUUGGCAACACUUAUGGCGACACCACGCGCUCGUUACCAGUCUGCAUGGACACGCUCGGAUAUUCAAGUGGAAGUUACAUCACAACGCCUGUCAUGUGAUGGGGCUCUACAGAGUACCAAGAUAAGGGCCUCAUUAGCAUGCGCUAUUUAUUCAGUUACUUAUUACGGGGAAUUUCGUCAGCAUCCUCGGACACUAUUUUCCAGAAAUAGUAUUUAUCUGAAAUCAUGACGUUUGGGCUUGCAAAUUUCACAUAUUUUCGAUUCUAUUUGCGACAAACGUCCUUCUUUCUACUUAUACUAUAGAAAUGAUUUAAUUUAAAAACCCAGAAGUAGAAUAAUAUCUGAAUGUGUAAUUAAGAUGUUAAAUUUUCGAAAACACUUUGUCAUUUGCUUUAGAGGUUGUCAUUAGUGAGACAUUUUCUUCACCCGUAGAUGUCAGAACCUUCUUAUUUAGGGAUAAACACCACAUGAAAUACAUUCCUCCUAUUGACUUUCAUUUAAAUGAUCACACACAAUGUUUCAACAGGACUCAAACAUUUGACUCUCAGAGUCUGAUCAGUUUUAAAGGUUUGCUCCGACCGAUCCAAAUUGUAAAUAUAUUUUUUGAUGAAUUCUUAGACGACUGCGGCCGUGCUUACGUUUUAGAAUUUACUCUCUGGUUAUCUAAGCUCAACAACUCCGAUCUCCCCUCACCUCUUCCCUCUCGCCUCGUUUGUUACGGACGGGAAGGUAAGGGUAGACUGACCACGCCUCAACGUCUUCGAUCAUUCUUCAGUAAACCUGUUUAGCUAACAGGUUGAACAAGAUUGAAAUAGAUAGUAGUUUGUCUCCGGUGGAGAUGCUGUUAUGUCAAGGUGUUACUUCUACUCCUGGUCGCAGCCAGUUUUAUAAGAAAAUUUUUUAUACAGAAAUUUUUAUAAACGUAGGGCACGAAAGACAGCUAAUAAAUACAAAAUUAAUUAAUUAAUUUUAUCAAAGAGUGUGUUUUUGCAGGGUGAGACCAAGAAGUCAUGUCGUUAAGAAGCACCAAAAGUCUAUUUUAGUUAAUACGAACACUGUUUGCAAUAAAAAAAAUUUCAGUGCUGUUGCAAUUUGUAUGUGCGCGUGGGAGUUCAGUGAAACUGUGUAACCGGUUAUUGCUUUCAUUAUGUACCUCCGGACCUAGCAGAAAUGUUUCUAAGAUGAAGCUCUUUAACAGUUGGACUACGACCACGAAUGUUUUCUGAGCAAGUAGAAAAACCAGGGUGCUUAACUGUCUUUCUAGACACUUCAAAGGAUUACAGCCGGAAAAGUUUUUUAUUUUUUCAAUCAAAAAUCAAGAAGAAUUUUCCUUUUCAAGUGCAACGCC